UUGUUCGUAGUAGUAUUAUUAAUAUUAGGUCGUUCGGCGUGUUGUAACGGGCUUGUAAUUUUGAAGUUUUUAUAACUUGUAAUCGACUAUGAAGGUUCUGAUAACCGGUGAUUCCAUGAUUAAAUAUAUGUACCAAUAUUUACCGUCUCAGCUGUAUGAUAAUAAACUGCAUGCUCUCGCGUUUCCGGGCAUAACAAUAGAAAGGUUGACCAAAAAAAUUUCAUCCUUUAAUGAAUACGAUUGUAUCCUUUUUCAUGUAGGGACCAAUAAUAUGGAUUCUACUGUGGAUGACAGUGUCUUAAAAUAUAAAAGUUUAAUUCGGGAAGUGAGUAGAGUGAAUCCGUAUGCGCGGGUAGUCAUAUCAGGAAUUUUGCCCAGAGUGGAUUCGAAGUAUUUAACUUAUAAUGAGAGAGACGAAUUGCGACCUCGACUGCGCUCUGUCAACAACAAGAGUUCUCAGUUUGAUGAAAAAAUGAUUGAUCUCUGUGAAGAGCUGGAUAAUGUAACCUUCUGCAUGUCAUCUCGUGACUGGAGUGGAUGCAUGGCUCUGGAUGGGCUGCAUUUGAAUGCAGCAGGAACACGGCAGUUAGCUACACUGUUUGUUCAAGUUUUGACGCAACUUUUAACUGAGAGUUCCAAAAGUACCAGUAAAAUAGAGCUUCGAAGUUCAUUGGAUUUUCCUCCUCUCUGUGAUGGCGGCAGCGAUAUUUUAACAUCUUCAGCCUCUCCUCUGUAUUCUGAAGUUGUUGCUGAAUCAGCUCUGUCGAGGAAACUGCCAUCACAGUUGAAUGUGAAAGCUCCUUCAGAAACUGAACAGCAACUUCAAACAAGAGAAUUUCAACAGUGUUCAUCUGCUGCUGUUACUCAAAAGAACCUAAAGGAAAAUUCUGAAUUGUCUUCUUUCUUGAGGAAAUCUGCUCAUCCAGAUCCUAAUGGUUGGAUUCAUGUAGGGCGAAAACGUUUCACUCAAAAUAUAGAACAGUGUUGUCAGUUUAGGUGAGAUAUUGUUUCUAACUUUCCAAGGACAAUAAAUUAGAGCUUUUAUCAAGUAACCAAACACAUUUUCAGAAAAAGGGACUGAAAAAUGUUGUUAGAGCUGGCAUGUGGGA